UUGAUUUCAAGGUCACUAAAGUAAAUAGCAAUCUUUGCCACAGGCAAGGAUUCCUCUGAAAAUAGAAAUAUUGAUAUGUGCGAGCCAAAUAUAGAAGAAAUAGUAACUUAUCUUUCUACAAAAUUUAAUAGGAUAUUUUGCGAUCGUGAGUUCGUGUGCUGCGUUUUAAACGAUUUUCAGAUAUUGAAGGAUAAAAACAAGUCUCGUGUACUUGUCUUUCCUAUAUUGGGACCUGUUUAUCAGCGUGCCUUGAAGUAUCAGGCGGAAGCAUUUGAUCUUGCUACUUUUGAAUUAUCUGCAGGUAUGUUCAAAACGAUUGCUGUUUGUCAGAAAGAACAUAUGAGAAAAGAAAAACAAGAUUUGGGAAUAAGACAGGAGAAAAUUAUGUCGAGUGAAUCAUUCAUCACAGUUCAAGAAAGCAGUGGACGUAGAAGAAGACCUGAAAGGCAAUUAUAUAUACCCCCUGCACAAAGGAGGUUUACAUCAACUAGAGAAGCUGAAAAUGGAACUCAACCAUACCAUCCAUCUAAAUUGGAUUCAGCAAAUGGAAAGAUUCUAAAAACAACAAGCGCUCAAAAAAAACCAAGAAAGAAAUCAAAUAUUGGAAUUAACAAGAGAUUAUUCACAGCACAAGUUCAUACGACUGAGCAAGAAAUGAAUAGUGAAAUCAUCAGUUUUAUUAAAGAAACAGCUGCAAGUGAAUUUGGCAAAUAUAUUCCUUCCCUGAUGGAUCUGAUUAAGUUAGAUUUAUUAUCACUACCAACAUAUAAUAUUGUGUUUUUAAAGAGUAACAUUCCAUCACUAAACUACUUCCACAAGUGUUCUUGUGAGUUUCACCAAUAUCUAACAACCAGAUUCAAAAAUGAUCUCAAACUAGGAAUUCCAAUUUUCCAUAUUGAUAAUAACCAAAUUUUGGAUCUUUCAAGAGAUAAAAUAAGCUGGCAGACAUUUUUCCCUCAUAAAUUCCAGGAUACUUCGACAAUUCCCAAUGAUGUCGCUAGAGAUACUUCCGUAUAUGAUAUAGAGUCUAAUUGUGAUUAUAAUUUAACAUUAAACCAAUUCAAGUUGUGCCACAAAAUUGGGAUGAGGUUCUCUAGUGAACGAUUGAAUAUUCUACAGGGUAAUAUCAUCGAUGAUGGUUCUGAAGUUGAAGUUAUUUUCAAGGAAAGUGCCUUUAGUGAGAACAAUUACUUUUCAUGUGAUAGUGAAAUGUUUGGUAGCGUUGUAGACUUGACUGAAUUUAAUUUGGGCCAUUAUUUCAAAAUAAAUCUGAGUGCAAAUGAACACUUCCACGUGUGUCAUCAGAGCCAUAAUGUGAAAAACUGCUUUUUGGAAGUAAAACGCGAUUUAUUAUCUAAAACUAAUAAAGAAAAAGAGUGCGAGCAGAAAAUGCCUUCCGAGGGUGAUAAAACAAAAACAAUUGAAAUUUCUGCAUCGAAGAAAAAAGAACCUGAAGUGAUAAAGAUUUCGGAAGAUGGACGCAAGCCCACCAAAAGUGAGAUAAAAAUUAAGGAAAAAAAAAAUAUGGAAUCGAAGACGAAAUGUCAACAUGAUGAAGAAAUUGAGAUAAUGAGGAAGACGAAAGAAAAUAUAAACCGUAAAACGCGUCCAUUAAUGAAAUAUUCAGAUGACAAUGACGAUUUGCUGAGAAUCGAUAAGCAAGAUAAUGUGAAUAACUGGGAAGACUUAUUCGACGAUGAAGGACACAUUCAAGAUGAGCUGUUGAACGAAAUAGUACAUAAGGUUGGGAAAGAUAUGACAAUUGUGAAAGCUAGUGAAGAUUACCGACCAUACCUACCGAAAUCAACAGAUGAUCUGGAUCAUGUCGUGGAAAUAUAUAAUUUUCCUCCAUCUUUAACUACUGGCGAUAUAAUUCACGCUUUCAAUAUGUUCGAUUCCGAUACCAUGUACGUUGUGUGGGUGGAUGAGACUCAUGCUCUCUUGGUGCUUGGAUCUUCAAGUCAAGCACAAAAAGCUGUUGAAGUCAAAAAUCCUUUCAUCAAAGUGAGGCCUAUAUCAAGCGGUAGCGUUGUCGCAAUGACGGCUGCGGGCAAAUAUGAUCUGAAACCUGCCAUGAAAAGACCACAAACGAAUCUACAAACAGCAAGACGUUUAAUAACAACUCACUUAGGUACUAAAAGCCAAGUUACAAGGGAACAGAGAGCUAUGGAAAGAGAGUCACUUCGAAAAGCACGAGAACAAAAAAAGAUGAUGAGGCAAAACGAACAAGAUGCUUGGGAGGGAAAAAUUCAUUAAAAAUGUAAGUUAAGCGACCAUUAUAUUCAUUUUUUAUUUCCAUGACCUUAAGAUGAAUGAAUUAAAAUUAACGCUUAAAGAGAUGAAGUGAUAAGCCAAAAUUACUUCAGACGCAUUACAUCCAUCAAAGCGAUUGAAAGUUUUCGCAGCGAUUCAUCAAUGAACUCGGGUAGAAUGCAAUAUGUAUUUCCAUAUUUAGUCACAUAAAAACGGAAAAAAUAUUUGGAAUGAAAAGGAAAAAUUUACUUUCCAAUGAUUGUCAACAAAAGUUCUUAGUUAUUCAUAUUAUGAAUAUUCUACCCCCCACUUGCGUUAAUUCAAAGAUUGAGGCAGAAUUACGUCUGCAGAAUUUUUUAUGAUUAUAUACCUUUGAGUAUUCAAUCAAAUUCCAAAGAAAAAAAUUUUUUCCGUUACUAGUCAAAUUGAAAAUUAACCAUUACUGUAUGUAGCAUAUUCAUUGUACAUAGAAUGACCUUGUCAACUUUUAAAUUAAAUGGGAUCUCAGAAUUUUCAAAAUAAGUGCAUGUAAGACCUGGUUUAUGCUAGACAGUAACUAAAGCCAUAAUCCCGGUUUUUGUCAGUCGAUAAACAUAAAAACGGAAGCUUUCAUGUUAUUUUUUACGCGCACUUAUUGCAGUUUUAUAAGUGAAAACCUGAAAAUGUCAAGUUUACUUCAAAAGUUUUGGAGCAUAUAACAUGCAGGCCGAAUUAUUUAAUUAUCUCGAGAAUUUAAUAUUCCGCAACUCUAUAUUCAGAUUACAGUUAAUACGCAUAUAUUGAUACACAUAUUAUAUUUGAGGUUUUCACGGAUGAAAUUGAUCGCAUUAUUAUUUUUGGGAUUAAUCCCAAAAAUAUAUAAUAAUGCUAAUGAUAUAUAUAUAUAUAUAUAUAUAUAUAUAUAUAUAUAUAUAUAUAUUGAAGUUAUAGGAUACUAUACAUAUAAAUAUAUAUACAUAUCUUUAUAUGUCUAUACAUAUUCUAUGUUUUAAUCUUGAUAAAUCGAAAAUUCUUGGAGAACAAUAAUGUUUUAUUAAAAAAAAAGUGCCUUAAAUUUAUAAAUGUAUCUGUGAUUGUUAGAGUCUACUACCAAGUGGCUCUUGGACAUUGCAACAUUUUAAACGGCAUUGAUUUCAGUGCUUAAUUGUCUACAAUUAUGAUUUCUCUUCAAGAACUCUGCAUUCAACUCAAGUGACAUUCACGUUAGAAGUUAUUUGUCUCACUAACAUCAUAGAAAUUAAUGAGAAAGAAUAUAUAGGUGUUAAUAAGGAAUAUGUUUAAUGUGUUUUGCUGAAAUGUAAAUCAAUAAAAUAUGAAAAUAUA